CAUGCAACUUAAACAAAUCAUCUUCUCUUUGGCUUUGUUCUUUAUUGCUUUCCAAGCUGUUGAAGCAAAGACACGUUAUUUUAUGUGGUGUGGAGAUACCGCAUCAUUGGAUUCUACUGCUCCAAGCUAUGAUUGUGGAACAAGCACCAACUGGUAUUACUUUGGUAGUGAUAUGCCUGCUGUUGGUGGUAAAUGGGCUUAUUACAAUCCUGAUAGUCAAUACAUUCAACCUUUCAUUCAAUGUUGUCAAGAUGCUGGAAAGAAUGCUUACACUUCCAAUGUUGAUUGGGACAACUACACUGGUAUCGCUUCCUUGGCUGGUACCAUCGCAAGUAUUCUUGGUCUAGCUAUCGCUUUGGCUGGUUAAAUCCUUUAGUUUUCUACAAGAUAAACCAUCAUUUUAUCAAUUACAAUAAAA